AUGGCGUCCUCCUCGCGCAAUCCCAAUGCCGCCGCCGACGAAUCCUCUCCGCUCCUCCCCACCUCCUCCGCGCCGCAACCCAUCACCAAACCCUCCCGCAGCGUAACCUUCAACCCGACCAUCUCCCAUGCCUCACCUCCUCGGCGACGGCCCAUCUUUCCCCAAGGUCCGGGCUCCAGCAAUGCCAUCUCCUCUUCUUCGCAAUCUACCCUCUCCGCCCUCAACAGCAAACUCCGCCGUCGAAACUCCUCUGGCGCAGCGAUACAAUUUCCAGCGUCGAAUCCCGCGGCAAAGAUUGGACCUCAACGUACAACGCGUACUGCGCAAAAAUUGAAACUCUUACCCAACCCGGACAUUGGCAAUGAUCCGGAUGAAGAGAGUGGGAGGGAAGUCUACUCCCAAUUCACACGCAUCAAAGAUCCCACUGCGCGUCGAGAUGCCGCACGACUGGGCAAGGAGGAUCGUGCGAAAUUGCCGAGAGUCACGGCGUAUUGCACGGCGAGUCUAUACCGCAUUGACGAUCUGAUGCGUUUCUUGAAGGGGAAAGGAAAGACAAAGGGCGCGGCGCCGAAGCUGUUCGACGAGUGUAUCUAUUCGCCGUACUCGUAUCGGAAAGAGGAGGGGAGGAUGUCAAGUCCAAGUGCGAUGAGGAAGAGGAGAAGAGGGAGUGCAGAAGCGGAGGAAGAGAGGAGCAGAGAGGAAAGCAGUGCGGUACAGAUUGAAGAGGAUGAACAGACGGCGGAUAUAGGUCGAGUACAUUCUCAACCACAGAGACGGUUCUCGGACAGUGCGAUCGAAAUCGACGAGACGACUGAUCGGAGAAGAGAAGAUCUCAUCGACCUUAGUACGGCUGCUGGCGACACCACCCUCGACACCGGCGAUCUCUCACAAUCGACACAUGCGUCCCUCUCGCGCGCCGACACCUCUCUCUCCAACGACGAUGCUUCGCACCAACCCGACCUCGACACGACCGUGCACAUUCCCGAAGUGUUCCUCUUCGAAUAUGGAGUUGUUGUGAUUUGGGGCAUGUCGUUGAAGGAAGAACAGCGGUUCUUGAAAGAGCUGGCGAAAUUCGAGCAGGAGAAAUUGAGCAAGGAUGAUGUACAGACCGAGGAGUUCAAUUUCUACUACACAAGGGAGUAUCAGGCAAGAAUAUACAACGACUUUAUUUCCCUGAGGGAGAAGAGGAAUUACAUGACCAAGCUGGCGAUCAGCCACGCUUUGGCGCAGAGCACAAAGACCUCCCUCUACGAGUCCCUUGUCGACGCCACCAUCACCACAACCCAACACAUCCCUUCCCAAAUCGCUUCCACCGGCCGCAUCAACCUCACCCGCCGCGAGAUCAACAUGCAAAUCGGCGAGCUCUUCAUCCUGCGCAUCAACAUCCAUCUUCAAGGCUCCGUGCUCGACGCUCCCGAACUCAUGUGGGCGGAACCCCAACUCGAACCCGUCUAUGUCGCUGUGAGGUCGUACUUGGAGAUGGAUCAGCGGGUGAGCUUGUUGCAGGAGCGAGUGGGCGUGAUUGCGGACCUGUUGGCUGUACUCAAGGAUCAGUUGAGCCACUCGCAUGGGGAGUAUUUGGAGUGGAUUGUGAUUGUCUUGAUUGCGGCGGAGAUUUUGGUGGCGGGGAUUAAUAUUUUGGUGGAUCUUUACGCCGGCGUGGAGUGA